AUGGAUUCUUCUUCUUCUUCUUCUUCGCCCGGAAACAUCGUCUUCUUCAGCGUAUCCAAGGAGAAGGACCUUCUGUACUCCUACAAUGGCGGCGGCCAGGAGAUCCAGGCUUUGGCUCUGAGCUGGUCGGACAAGGCGAAAUACCAUCACGCUUGGCACUCCCACACCGUCGACAACAUGACCUUCGGCUUCCUGAUGCAGGACGGGUAUACAUUCUUCGCCAUCGACGACGACGGGAACACCGGCAACUCGGAGAUCCUGCUGUUCCUGGAGCGCCUCCGGGACGCCUUCAGGGAGGUGGCCAAGGACGACAAGGUGGGAGACGAGCUCAGCUGGGUUAUCAGAGUCCGAGCAGGCGACAAGACCAGGAACGCCUCCAUGAAGGCGCAGCAGCUGUCGGGGGACACGCACGAGGAGAAGAGUCCGGAGGAUGUCGGCGGCAUUUCGAGCAGGGCGUUGAAGGUGGACGUGCUGCAGGGGCCGGCGGGCGGUGUGAUUUCUCUGAGCCGGAGCUUGAGCUGCAGGCUGAUGGCGCAGCAGCGGGCGCGGCGGUUGUGGUGGCGCCAGGUGAAGAUUGUUGCCGCGGUCGACGCGCUGCUGUGUUUGACCAUGUUUGCCGUGUGGCUGGUAGUAUGCGAAGGCUUUCAAUGUGUGUCUUGA